GGAUUGUUCGUCUGAAUAUUUUAUCUAACGAAAAAAAGAGAGUUUUUCUUUUCUUUGUUUUUUUGUUUUUUUGGAGGGGUUUUGAAUCGCGGGGUCUGUAUUAUGUGGAAACGACGCGGCUCGAGCGCGUGAAUUCCGCAGGUCCAUUCACGGCGUGUCUACUAUCAGUAAUAGUGACUGUGCUCGCGUAAAAAAAACGGUUACAAAUCUGCAGGAGACAAUAAAGGGACUGGAGAGCUCCAGACAAACGGAACCUGUGGCCAGACUCCAGAGGAAGUAAACUGAUUCGCCCUUUUUGAUGAGAUUUACAAAGCGCUGCCCAGUCUGUCUGUCAGAGAGAUCAACAGUUGGUGCGAGCGCGCGAUUGUGGGGACUUUGCAUGUAAAAGACUUCGAUUUGGCACGGCUCACUAUUAUGGGUGUGUGAUUUCAGCACCUCAGCCUUAUGGACACCCGACUGAAUUGUUUAGUAAUAUGGAAGAAAGACUGUUGCACAUCGUGAUGCAUUGGAUGCAUUUGCGCGUUUUGUAGACUACCUUUAAACAAGAAUGAGCAGUCUUUUCGGUGCUUUUGCUGAUAUUCGCGUAUUCCUUCUGCUGUAAAAGACUACAGACAAGGAUAACAGUCUCACACACCCAUCCUUUUUUUAAGGGCGCGUUUGUUUUUUUAUUUUCUCUAUUGACCUUGCCUGGCGCGCAAAAGCAGCAUGUUAAUGAUGGAGAGCGGCGGCAUAGACGCGCAUCAGGUUGAUCUGGACGCGGACUAUGAGCCGCACUGCCGCCCGAGGUCAUGCACCUGGCCGCUACCGUGUCCGGAGGAGGAGAACCGAGCGCUGCCCUUGGCGUCUGUGAAAGUGGAGCCGUGUAACGUGCCGGUGUGCCGAAGCGGAGGGGCGCCGACGGAGUUCAAGCAUCCAGCCGGUGCCCCUGCUCCUAUCGCGGCCGCCCCGACGUGCAUGUCCGGCGCCGCGCUGGAUGUGGCCGGGCAGCUGCGCAAAUCCAAGUCAUCGCGACGAAACGCGUGGGGCAACCAGUCGUACGCGGACCUGAUCACGCGUGCCAUUGAGAGCACCCCCGAAAAAAGGCUCACCUUAUCCCAAAUCUAUGACUGGAUGGUGCGAUUUGUGCCCUAUUUCAAGGAUAAAGGAGACAGCAAUAGCUCCGCCGGAUGGAAGAACUCCAUCAGACACAACCUCUCUCUUCACACUCGCUUCAUCCGUGUGCAGAAUGAGGGAACAGGAAAAAGUUCUUGGUGGAUGCUUAACCCAGAGGGUGGAAAGAUGGGCAAAGGUCCCCGUCGCAGAGCUGUUUCCAUGGAUAAUGGAACCAAGUAUAUGAAGAGCCGAGGCCGGGUCAGCCGGAAGAGAGCGGGAGCGGUGGGAAUUGCCCGAGAGCUUGGAGCAUCUGGAAUACAGGGAUCACCAGAACAUGGAAGUCCAGCUGGAAAGGGAGCAAUGGGAGUGGGGGGCGAAGAGUUUGAUGCCUGGAUAGACCUGCACUCCAGAACCAGUUCCUCUACGUCAACGCUCAGUGGAUGUCUAUCACCCAUUCUGGCUGAAGCAGAACCUGAUGAACCAGAAGAAGGAGGGCUCUCCUGCUCAACCUCUCCUCGACUCUACCCUAGUCCCUCCAGCACUAGAUCUCCAGCCCUGGGAACAGGGGGGCAUUGUCCAUCUGUCGAGCUCCCACAUCUUGCUGAUCUAACAGGAGCCAUCAGCUUGGAAGAGGGCUACUCCCAGCCUUUGCCACUUAAGCGCAAUGGCUACCACUAUGGCCCUGGAACCAAGGCAGAGACCUCCUACUGUGGAACAGUAUAUGGCCAGUCAUCCAUGGGCAUGCUUAGGCAUCAUACACCUAUGCAGACUAUCCAGGAAAACAAGCCUUCUACCUUCCAGCGUGCCCUCAGGGCAUACUCAGAAAACAAUACCCUCGAAAGUCUGCUAGCUGGGGGGCCACAAUACUGUGGUAAGGACAUGGUUUUAGGGCAAGGAGGAGCAUCCCAUUCACUUAUGUCACAAUCUAACAGUGCUGUGCACUCUCACAGCCAAAAUCACAAUCAUAACCCCGAGCAAGGCAACAAUCCCAAUCAAAGCCUUCACAACAGCCAUGCAAUGAAUCAUGAGCAAAAUCAAAGCGAUCAUCACAAUCCCAGUCAAGCUCAUAAUAAGCAUCAUCCAGGUCUUGACUACAGUCAUGGCCAAAAACACCACCGUGGCCAUGACUAUGUUCAAUCUCACGACCACAAACUUAAUGCGAGUCCCAAUCCGAAUCACAUGCACAAUCAAAUGCAACAUAACAACUCCAGACAACCAGACCUUUCUCCCAGGGUCAACAAUUACAUUUUGCAUCCCUACAACCACAAAUCAUCCAACCUUUAUGGCCCUCGCGCUCACCUCCCUUCAACUGCCCUGCCUCCUAACCCUGCCAGUGUCCUGGAUGUACCCCAGGACCCCUGUCGCCUGGCUUCAGCGCCACACCCUCGACAUCAACCCUACCCAGGUGCCCCCCUCCACCAGGAAAUGACAGAACCUUGGCAUGGGUACUACCACCACCCAUCACAGAAUCCUAAUUACCAUGGCAACCAUCAAGCUAACCAUCACCAGGAUCCUCACAACCGGUUGCAGUCUGACCUGGAAAUGGAUGUGCACCAGAGCAGUCUGGAUUGUGAUGUGGAAUCAAUUCUCCUGAACGACUUCAUGGACUCAACAGAAGGAAUGGACUUUAACUUUGAUGGGACAUUGUCACAGGGUGUUGGCUUUGGGAUGGGUUUGGGGAUGGGAAUGGGAAUGGGGGCAUUUGCAGGUCCUCAGCAAUCACACAACAGCCAGAGCUGGGUUCCUGGGUGAACUCUGCAGAGAUUGAGAGCCUACAUAGAGGCAAAACUUCAACCAUACAGCCUUCUGAAGGGCAGCAGGUCAAGUUGGGGACUCAAAUAAACAAUUUGACCAAGAUUCCCUUUUGCUGAUGUCAGAUUCUGGACUCAUGAUAAUCCCCUGCCCCAUCCCCUUAAAAUCUUUCCCCUCCUUCCUCUCACCCUUUUUUCCUUGCUAUGGAAUAAUGUCAUGGUGCCCUAACAGUCCUUUCUGUGGUUCAAGUCCUUCAGUUUGUGCUCUAUUUAUCACCUCCAUCUCUUAUCUGGGCAAAAGCUCCAAAGCACUUUACAUUUGUCGCCAUCCAUUCUGAUGCUGUAAUGAUCACCCUGCGACCUCGAAGGAAUCACAUUGUCCUCUGGCCUGGGUUUAAUGUAUGCAAACGACUUUGUUAUCCUUCCUGAACAAAAAAAUAAAUAAAUAAUUAAGCGUUGGUGUUGUUUUGCUAAACAUGAGUACAGGAUUGAAAAGUUGCUAUAGCUGUCUGGGUGUCUGUGCUGUCAUUUGUGUAUUCAUCAGUGUGUGUGGGUUGUGCGAGCAUGUGAGUGUGGAGCUGCUUUACUUUGGUAAAUGAACAAACCUCCUCCCAAGGAGGUCUACUGGAUGUCCCUUUAUUGUGGGCCAGGACAGACAUCCAUCAGAUACACUCUAUUGAUAUUCAGCAUAUCCUUUUUAAUCUCCAAAGUAAUGCACCAGCUAUGCAUCACUGUUGCAAAUAGAAUGUGAUGCUCGGAGUGCACAGAGCUGUUUUUCCCGCGGACACACAAUGACUUAAUGUGUUUUGGCGAAAGUGAUGAUUAAAGUCACUCUGCAGUAAGUGGGGGGAGUCAGGGAGGAGGCACUUGAAGGAGGUAGGUAGGGCAGAGAUUGAGGGGGAAAAUGAGAAAUGCUAAUAUUCUCUCUAUGCCCCUUCCUCUCCAUUCUGUGAAUUUAUAAAGCUUUCGAUAUAAUGAAAUAAGGAACGAUCCAACAGUGCUGCAAAUCCUGUGCAGGGCUCUUUCCUGGUUCACCUCAGACUAACUACUCUGUGACAGCCUUUCUCCAUCAGCAACCAAUGCACUGGCUUGAUUUUGGCUACAUUAGCAUCCUCCUUUUUAUUCAUUUUAAUAUUUUUACUAUCCUCCUUCCUAUGCAGUGUUACUUUAGAUAAUCAAUGAUGAUUGAUCACAUUUCAAGCCUUGUCAGUCCUCAUUAACUGUGUGUUCAUUUAAGACAGAGCUGGAAUUUAUCCUUAUCAUUGCAUCUGCUUGACAAAGUAACUAUUAGAUGGUAGUGCUACCUCAAGGUUGUAAAGGGAAAGCAUCUCAUAUCUGGCUCAUGGUUAUAACAACUUUACACAAUGACUAUACUCUGUAAUGUACACUAUUGGAUUGCAUGCUAAUUAAUUCAGUCAGCUAGCAAAAAAUGGGUGCUAUCUUCUUUUUGAAGACUUCAUAUUGUAAUUAAGUGCAAAUGUUUAUUUUCUCUUUCUGAAUGUAACAUAACACCAAGAAUUCUUAGGGAAAGACUACUCUAGUUAUGACAUGAUUAUGGUGUGGUUGGAGGAAACAUAUGGGCCACAUUUAGGCAUUUAAUGUCCAGUUGUCUUAUCCUAUUAUGACCACUAAACAUACAGGAAGUCAAAGUAUUUAACUGUUACAAAUAUAGGAAAAAUCUAAAUAUUUUAUGUAGAUUUUUUAUUACGAAACGUUUUAGAUAUAAAAGAUGUCUAACUGCUAGCACGGAAGCAAAAUGAGGCAACUUCCAGAUUUUCAAUGACAGUGAGAAGUCAGCGCUUAAAUUGCUCAAUUUUGUCAGGGGGGACAGGCUCAAAAAUAAUAAUAGCAUACUAUUUGUCAAAUAUAAAAAAUAUGAAUUGGAAAAGUCAAUGCUCUCAGAAAAUUGGAAACUUACAAAGUACAGCUGUAAAAAUUACCAUUUGAAUCAGCAUUUCUCUGAUCAACCAUCAACGAACCCCAUUUUCCAAGAUCAGAUGGUAAAAUGACUGUAACCCAGCAAUGUUCCAUAAUUCCAAGAGUAUAUGCACACUACUAAACAAAUUCAAGAUGGAUUUCAUGACUACCAGGAUAAAGUUGCUGUCUAUGGCCAAUCACCACAUCUAUCCAUUGUCAAACCUUUAUGGAAAGCUCUGGAGUGCAGAGAGUAGAUUCCACAAUCAUUAUCACAGAACUGAUGGCUUUCAACAUUCCAAGAAGACCUGACAUUGUUGUGAAGUUGUUGUCCUCGGUAUUUCUAUAAUGCUUGAUAUCUUGGUUAUUUCAUCUACUCUUUGUAUCUUUUAGGUGCUAGCUCAGAGGCUGAAAACUGCCCACAGAUACACGACUUGGAUGUAAUCUUUGUGUUCUGCUUUAAAUUUGAUGAGGAAAAACGUACAUGAAGAAAGAAAUGGGUAGGGCAGUUACAAUAGAGGAAAAUGCUGACAGAGAAUGUGUUGAAAAGGACAGCACUAGGUUGAUCGAAAGAAAAAAACUUCACAGUUACAAAUGGAGUAUAUGCAUGUGUGUUUGUGUGUCUGAGAGAGUCAGUCAGAGUAGCAUCCUUCAGCAAAGCUGUUUGAAUCAGGCCAAAUGUCAAGUGGCUCUCCACAGCUUUUUUCACACGGCCUGAUCAGAUAGCCAUCCCUCUUUUGCACUCUCGCUCUUUCCUGCAAAGGACAAUGAUCCCUGUCUUCAUCCCAUUCUCUUUCAUUCCCAUCUUUAUGUUGUUUUCGAGGUGGCCAGGAAUGAGUUGUUCUCCGACAGUAAUUUUGAUCGCUGGCCCACGCCUGCCUCUGUACUCAGCUUCAUGUUUGCGUGUGUGUGUGUGUGUGUGUGUGUGUGUGUGUGUUUCUAGCACAGUGACGUACCUGAAAUGAGUAUGAAAAUUAACUGAAAUUGUGCCCUGAUAGUUACUAUGCCUGGCUAUCAAUAAUAUAAUAUCCACAGUUUAUAUUUAUUGGGUAUAAAGAUAGGUUUGUGGGUGACGGUAUGGAGCUCCUGUAUCCGAUCCAUUUAUAUGACAAGAUCAUGAUUCUAUUACAGUUCAUUUCUGUUUCAUGCUGUAUAAAAAUCUGUAAUGAGAAAAUUGUAUAAUAUUUUUUGACAAGCAAAUAUCAGUUUUAUUAUUAUUUUUUUUUUCUAAAUGAUGUAACUUCUCAUCUUGUGGCUUGUAAAAUAAAACAAAA